AUGGCAGACGCUAAGCCAACAUCCGCUGAGCCCAAGCCCGCAGGCAAGAGCUGGGCAGAUGACGACGAUGACACACCGAUCAACACCACCGCCGACGCGAAGAAGGACACGAGCGAGGGCAGCCUAGCCAAAGCGCAGGCCGACGGUGCGACCAGUUGGAUGAAUGGCUCCCAUGGACUCGAUGAGCCUGAGUUCGAUGUCAAUGUCAAGCUCGCCGAUCUCCAAGAAGAUCCCAACAACCCACUCUUCUCAGUGAAACACUUUGAAGACCUCAACCUCAAGGAAGAACUUCUUCAAGCCAUCUCGACCAUGGGCUUCCGCAAGCCGUCGAAAAUCCAGGAGCGUGCACUUCCACUGCUGCUGAAGAACCCACCGCAGAACUUCGUCGGUCAAUCGCAGUCGGGCACGGGCAAGACAGCCGCCUUCCUGCUCAAUAUCCUCCAGCGAGUCAACCUUGACUCCCUCAACCCACAAGCCAUCGUCCUCGCACCAACCCGUGAACUUGCGAGACAGAUCGCAAACGGCUGCUCCGUCAUGGGCACCAUGUUACAAGAUAAGGGUCUGAAGGUCUUCCAGGCUGUGCCAGAUCCAUCACACAGAAGCACCGACGCGGUUGAGGCACAGGUUGUCGUGGGUACACCCGGCACUGUCAUGGACCUGCUUCGACGCAAGAAGCUCUCGGCACGAGAUGUCAAGAUUCUCACCAUUGAUGAGGCCGACAACAUGCUUGACUUGCAGGGCAUGGGCGACCAAUGUCGCCGCAUCAAGAACGCACUGUCGAAAGACACCCAGAUUGUGCUCUUCUCGGCGACGUUCCCUCAGCAAGUGCUAGACUUCGUCGCAGUCUUCGCACCCAAGGCCAACACUAUUACUCUGCAAGUCGAGGAGCUCACUGUCAAGGGCAUCAAGCAACUCUAUCUAGAUUGCCAAAACGACGAAGAGAAGUAUACGUCGCUCGUCAAGUUCUACAACCUCAUGACGAUCGCAUCUUCCAUCAUCUUCGUCAAGGAGCGCGUCACCGCAGCGGAGAUUGAGCGACGCAUGACGGCAGAGGGACACACCGUUGCGCAGCUGACGGGUGCAUUGGAGGGAGCCGAGCGCGACGCCGUGUUCGAGAAGUUCCGCAACGGCACUGCCAAGGUGCUCAUUGCCACCAACGUCCUCUCUCGUGGCAUCGACGUCCGGACCGUCACCAUGGUUGUCAACUACGACAUCCCGGAGACCGUGGACGGCUUACCCGAUUUUGAGACGUACCUCCAUCGCAUCGGCCGUACUGGUCGUUUCGGCCGUACCGGCGUCGCACUCAGCUUCGUGCAUGACCGCAAGAGCUGGCAGGGGUUGAUGGCCAUCUGCAAGCAUUUCCAGGUCGAGCCUACGCGCCUCGAUACUGCCGACUGGGAGCAUGUGGAGCGCAUGCUGAAGGGUGUCAUGCACAACUCGCGGAACGUGGUGGGAGAGAUCGAGAUGGAUUGA